UUACACAAUCUUGGAUUUGUCUGACAGACUUCCCCGUGCACUUGACUGCAAACUUGUAAAAUUAAUAAACUUGUAGUAUAUUUAAUUUUCAAACUGAUUUUUAAGACUUGACUGCACGUUUUGGCAUGUUUGAACGGGCAAUCAAAAACUUUAAUAUAGCUUUGGAGUCGCUAAACAUAGAAAAUGCGGUCUCGGCGGGCGACCUUCUCACAGGACAGAUUAAUUUUGAUCUCAUGAAGGAGACAAAUAUCUCUUCGCUGUCGAUCAAGCUGAAAGGAGGAGUACAUGUCCACUGGACGACGGGAGGGAAGCGCAAAAGACACCACUCAGCAAAACUGAAAUUCUUCAAUAUCAAAAGCGCCAUCAUACAGGGAGACAACGCCAUUGGUGGGGGGACCAAACUUGCGCCAGGCAGACAUUUGUACCCGUUUUCAUUCCAGAUCCCACAAGGAGAUUUCCCGUCUUCCUUUAAUGGACCUCACGGAGAAAUAUCAUACAAGCUGACUGUGAGCAUCAACAGACCCUGGCAUUUGUCUCAGGACUUUGUGACAAUGCUGAACUUUGUCAACCGCAUUGAUAGCAACAAUCCAGAUUUGUGGGCUCCUCUCUCUGGCUCAAGCAGUAAAACGUUGUGCUGCCUGUGGUGCACCUCAGGCCCUAUUGAAAUGACGGCCACUAUGGAGAGGAAAGCUUUCAUUCCUGGGGAAACUGCAAAGAUAAUUUGCGACAUCAGCAAUGCCUCAUCUAGAACAGUCAUUCCAAAGGUGAUUCUGCAGCAGAAACAUGUUUACUACCUCCACGACCGGGUCCAACGGAGGCCGCUGAAAUGGUAUCUGGCAGCAGUCCAUGGGGAUCCCAUCGGCGCUCACACCUCUCACGCUCACGUUGAGAUCAUGCUCGACAUUCCUUCAUCUGCAUCUCUCAGCCUCACAAACUGCCCUCUCUUGGAGGUUUUUUACAUUGUAAAGGUGAGCCUCCAUAUAAAUGGGUCCUCUGACCUCACUGUGCUGUUUCCCAUCACACUGUGCAACACAUCUGCACAAAUGAAUCGUCUGCACUGAUUGUGAGUAACUGCAAAAUGUGGAAGUGACAUUAUAUAACAUACAUGCACUGAUUUUCGACCAACUUGAAUCAGCAUCUGGGCUGGUUUUAUUUGCACUCUUAAUCAUCUGAAACAUUUAAUGAAUAGAUUUGUUUUAUUUCUUUUCAUUAUUGUUAACAUUAUUACAUUGUUAUAUCUCUCUAUUACAUUUUAAGCUCUCUUCAAUUAGCUCUCAAUAUCUGUGGAGGGUCUCACUUCACAAAGGACUUCAGAUCAGUUUGUGUCCUCAAACGUAACAGUGUGAGUGCAUUUAUGAAAAAGUAAGAAAAAAUAAAGGGGCUUCCAAAGUUUUUAUGAACACUGAUACAAACAGGAUGUAUCCCUGCUGCUUUGAAUUGGAUCUGUAAAUGCUAAAAACAAAACAGUGUCUCAUAGUGAAGAUUCAAACGACGUGAAAUUGAGUUUACAACAGCUAUUAUGACUGCCGCAUGAAUGUUUCUCCCACAUCAAGUUUUCCUCACCUCUGCCACAUGUUCACAGGUCGGUACAGAUUUUGUGUUGAAAAUGAGAUAUAUCUUAUCUGUUACAAGUUAUGUUUUCUCUGUCAAAUAUUAUGUCUGAGUAUUUUGUUCCAGUCAUGGAGAUUUGCAUGUGUCCAUUUGUUUACAUGCCACUAAACCACUGCAGGUUCCUGCAAAAAUUAUCAUUGUGCCUAACUAUGAAUGACCAAAGUUCUUACUGGGU